AUGCAGCUGUCAAAUCGUCUCGUAGCCUUCACGGCUCUGAACCCGUCUCUCAUCUCAAGUGUUCUGGCGUCUCAAACCUGCAGUCAAUUAACCGGUAGAGUUUACACCGACGGCCCUAACGGCAGAAACUUCGAGAUCCUAUGCAACACUUCCACAAUUAAUGGAAAUAUCUUUGCCUAUUACUCUCAGGGAGAUGAGUUUCAGGAUUGCGUGGAUAGAUGCGAUUCUAACAGUAAUUGCAUUGCUGCAUUGUUCUUGGAUGGUAGCAGUGACUGUGCCUUGAUCAACACUUAUCAAGGGACGAGGUCAUUCAAUGGAAAUGACCUAGCCAUCGCUCGACCAGCGCCAGCUCCAACUACGACAUCGGCAGAGCCUUCAUCAGCCGAGCCUACUACCACUGAGGCUGCCACCACUGAGGCUACAUCGAGCGAGGCUCCAACAGCCGAGACCACCUCAGUCGAGACCACAUCAGUCGAGUCUUCCACAAACGAGCCUUUUUCAUCUGAGACCACUUCCGCCGGUGCUACAUCAACAGAGACUACAGCAGCUGAAUCUUCAACGAUUGACUCGUCUAGAAUCCAGUCCUCGGCAACCGAACCUUCGUCAACAGAGCCUUCAUCUACACAUGGAACGUCAUCAGAGACUUCGUCAAUUGUUCAAGACUCCACUAUGGUCUCUACUACAGACUCGUCUUACACCCGUACUGCCACCACCGAGGCUUCAACAGACGACUGCGACGAUGAGACAUCAUCUUAUGAGCCUUCAGCUACUUCCGCUGAUUCCACAUCUACAGGAUCAGCGUCCGACGUGCAGCCCGUUACCUCAUCUACCCAGAGCCUGACUGGCUCCACUUCGGCCCCUGAAUCAUCUGAACCUUCAACCUCGCCUUAUUCGACUAUUCAGACCAUUCCAGCAGCUUCUACUUCUGUUACUACAACAACUGAGGCUUCUGUGCCAAGCUCUCUGUCAACCUCGGUUACAAGCCAGGAGGUUUCUUCCAUCCCUGUGUCUUCAAAGUCCACAACGACCCAGAUUUAUGCACCUCCAGAUCAGGCAACCUCUCUGAUAGGUUCCUCGUCCUCUGAGACUAAAGAGUCUGGCUCGAAGACGCUUCCAUCCUCUGGUGUUACCACCAUGAAGACAACAGCCGAAGGUCGUCUUCCCACAUAUCUUCCUGCCUCCGACUGCGUCUGGAGUGUUUACUUGACUAUGGUGAAGUAUGUCACUUGCAGCACCGGCGUAGUCCCCGAGACAACAACUACUGCCACGUAUGUGACUGUUGAUGGUAGCGCUGUGACUUACGGUCCUCCAGUAAUUCAACUACCCAGCGGCUGUAUCGGUGGCUAUCAGGUAGACGCUAGCGGUCACAGAUAUCCUGUGGUGCAACCUACAAUGGGAUCUCAAGGCUACCCAUCAGGUGAGAAGAACCAUCCAUCUGUUCGACCUACACUGGCAUCACCAGGUGGCUCUCAGCCUAGCUCUGGAAACAGCCAGUAUCAUGUUCCUGCUCCAACUGCAGGAUCGCAGGGACCUCAUGUGCCAGAGCAAGGUAGCGAGAAGCCUUCUGUAUACCCGACGCAGGGAUCGCAGGGCAGCUCCCACGACAGCAAGGGCAAGCCACCUGUUUCCGGCCAGGACUCACCAAAGUCCAACGGUGGUGAGCCUCAUCGAACACUAGGUGAGACUGCUCCAACAGUCAUCUCAGCAUACCACACUGGUUCCCCAGCGUAUCCUUCUCUGGCAUCAUCUAUCCACCAGGGUCAGCACAACACUUCAAUGACCUUUACAGUCAAGACAGCUACCGCUGGAGGUGUAGGAGAACACAAGGCUAGCUCGUCAUCAUCUGCAGAGGCACCAUCUACACCAGUCAUUGCUUCAGGAUCAAACAAACAUCGGUCCAUGCUUUGGGCAUCAAUGGCUGGAGCGCUUGUGGCCUUGACCAUGCUGUCCGUAUAG